AUGGUAGGAAAAAGAAAGAAAUCAAAUAAUAACAAUAAGAGAAACAAUAAUAGAGAUAGAGAUGCAGCUGCCGGUGGAAAUAAUGAAGAUGGUCAAGCAGUAAAGAAAACACGCACCGAUGGUACCACCUGGGAUAAAGGAACCAAUCCAAGAACAUGGAGUGAUAUAGUUGCAAAGAAUGAACAAUUCGAAGAUUAUUAUAAAAAAAUGAAUAUAAUUACAAAUGAAGAUGAAUGGAAACAAUUUAUGGAGGCAUUGGGUAAACCGCUACCAACAACAUUCAGAAUCAACACUUCAAUUGGAGAGACUAUGACUCAGAUCGUUAGAGAUCAAUUGGCUCAGGUCAUUUCAAAGUUGCCAAAAGAGGUGGAAAUCGACGGUCAGACUUUCACUACACUCUCGGAGAUCGAGUGGUAUCCCGAUCACUUGGGAUGGCAUUCGUCACUGCCAAAGAAAGCAUUCCGUAAGAACACCGUUCUCGAGGAGUUCCAUCAGUUCUUGAUGCAUCAUUCCGAGCAGGGUAAUCUCACCCGUCAAGAGACAGUCUCUAUGAUUCCACCGGUGUUCAUGGAUGUCAAGCCGGAACACGUUGUUCUCGAUAUGUGUGCUGCACCCGGUUCAAAGACAACGCAACUCAUCGAAUCGAUCCAUCAGGGUCUCAGCGAGAAGUCGGUGCCAACCGGUGUGGUCAUUGCCAACGACGUCGAUACCAAUCGUUGCUAUAUGUUGGUACACCAGACUGCACGUCUCGGUAGUCCAGCGAUUGUAAUCACCAAUCACGAAGCACAACACUUCCCACUGUUGAAUUUGGGUGCUGAGCUUGGCGGUCCACUGCUAUUCGACCGUAUUCUCGCUGAUGUACCAUGUUCCGGUGAUGGAACCAUGCGUAAAAAUCCAGAUUUGUGGGCACGUUGGAAGAAUCACUUUGGAUCGGCAUUGCAUCCACUCCAAUUGCAAAUCGCAGUUCGUGCAGCCAAUCUCUUGAAGGUCGGUGGUAGAAUGGUUUAUUCCACAUGUUCACUCAAUCCCAUUGAGAAUGAGGCAGUUGUUGCCGCGUUGAUCGCUCGUUCCGAAGGAUCGAUGCGUAUUGUCGAUGUGAGCGCAAUGCACCCCGCUUUGAAGAGAGCACAGGGUCUCCACUCAUGGCCAGUCGUCGACAAGGAGACAGGCGAGCUCUACUCUAGCUGGGAGUCGGUCGCACCCACCAAGAAAGCACGUAUUCACCCAAGCUUCUUCCCACCAACCAAAGAAUUUGCCGAGUCUAUUGGACUCCAAAACUGUAUGCGUGUAUAUCCACAUCUCCAAGACACCGGUGGAUUCUUUAUCACCGUCUUGGAGAAAGUCUCUGAAUUCCCCAACCAAAUUGGAAAACGUUUAAUUAAUCAAGCAGCAGCAAACACAUCAUCAACUACCACAACAACCACCACCAAUAAUACUGAAUCAACUUCAACUGAAUCACCAGUUAGUGAAGAAUCAACUGCAACUGAAUCACCAGUUGCUGAAGAAUCAACUACCACUACAACAACAGAGAAGAAAGAAAAGGAAAAGAAACCAGCUUAUCAAAAGUUCUUUGAAGAACCAUUCAAUUUAUUGUCAGAGCAAGAUAGAAAAGAUAUUGGACAGGUUGCCGAUUUCUAUGGUUUGAACGAAUUCCCAAUCGACAAUCUUUUGACACGUUCCGAGAAAUCGGCAAAGUUGUACUUGGCAUCGAAACCAAUUAUGAAUAUCAUAAAGGGUGACACUCAACGUCGUUUGAAGAUUAUCAAUGCCGGUUUGAAGUCACUGCAGAAACACGAUGGUCUUGGCAUGAUGCAAUGUCCAUACCGUGUAUCACAAGACGCCAUCAACUGGGUCGAGCCAUUCAUGACUAAGCGUGUCGUUGAACUCUCACACGAAGAGCUACUACUGAUCAUCAGAGUGACCGAACCAAUGUUUACCGACUUCCGUCCUGAGCUUACAAAGCUUUUCGAGUCAUUGGAUCCAGGUUGUUUCGUAAUUAAAAUCACUGGAGAAGAUACACAUACAAGAGGAAUGAAAUUCUGUGUUUGGAGAGGAAAGAGAUCCAUUCAUUUAUUAGUACAGAAACAAGAGAUUCAAUCUUUAGCAAAUAUACUAAAAGUUAAAAUUGAAAAACAAAAGGGUGUUAGAAAUCAUGAUGAUAGUAGUUCAACUGUGGUCACUGAUGCUGUUACCACUGACAAUGAUCAAAAAACAUUAACAACUACCACACUACAAACAACAGCUGAAUAA